AUGGAAGGGGGUAAAGCAGUAAAGUCGAACCCUAAAGCCGACCCUGUCAUAAUAAGAACACAAGACUCUGAAAAUCUCCUCCCCGUUCCACCCAGCCAUAUCGAUCCCGACUGGAAACGUCUCCCCACUCCCUUGUCAGGGGGCCACAUCGUGAAGCCAAAACGAUACCACGAAAGAUUGAUUGAUUUUCGGUACCCGCAAGCCCAAGCAAAAACGGAAACGACGAAUAUGGCGAGCAAAUUGGACUGGAUCGAUUCGAUGUCACCAGCAGAACAACGGCUUGAGGAAAAUCCCUGGAUUCCACAUUUGAUCGAAGAAUCUAUAUCUGUAUCUGAAAUAAGGUCUUGCAAGGUCAAGGUCGUAUGGCAACCUAGCAGCCUUGGAUUGAGGCAGGCAAACUCCGAACAAAAAUCGAUUCCAACACCGUCGGAAUAA